UGCAAAAGAUAUGUAGAGGAACCAGAUUACCGUGUCAAGAAGCGUUGCUUGAAUGGUCAUACUCCUUGGCCGGAAGAUAUUUAUUCAAACUGUCAACCGAGUGCAGUGACAUUACAACAACAAUUUCAUAUAGUUGAUCAUAUUGAAUUUUCGACAUCGAAUCUCAUUAAUGACUUCAUUAAUUUUCAGCGAUCUACUGGAUAUCAACGGUUUGGAUAUUUAUAUGAACGGUGUGAGUCUUAUCCUGAUGUUCUAUUAGGCAUAAAAGCAGUUGUGGAGGCGAUUUAUGAGCUAUCACAGGAAACCAAACGGAUGGAUCAAGUCUCAGUCUCCCAUGAAAUGAAGAAGAGUCAGUCGACGAGGGAGCUGCCGCUUGUGGAUUAUUCAAAGUGA